AUGUCAGUAAUCCGUACAUCUGUCCAUGCCAAAUGGGUCAUGGGGAAGGUGAUUGGCACAGUCAUGGUAAAAACUGUUAAAGUCAAAGCGACCAGACUUGUUUUGGAUCCCUACUUGCUAAAGUACUUCAACGAGCAGAAAACCUGCUUUGUUCACGAUGCCCACCAGCAGAGCUCCGUCGGGAACAUCGUACUCCUUAGAGCUCUGCUGGUCGUGAGGUCAAAGCAGGCGAAACAUGAACUGGCUGAGAUCAUUUUCAAAGUUGGCCGAGUUAUCGACCCAAUCACAGGAAAGUCCGGUGCAGGGACUGCCUACCUAGAAAGUCCACUCAGUUCAGAAAGUGCUAACCCAAGUAAAACUCCAGAAGAACUCAUUGGGCAGAAUGUGCAGGCACAUGGAUGUACAUUUGCCACCUGCAGUAUUUUCACCCCUUUUCUAAAUGUUUCAGAAGUCUUACGUUAA